AUGGCCGACCAUCAAGAAGCAGAUAUCGACUCCAUUGUCGACAGAUUAUUGGAAGUCAGAGGGUCUCGUCCCGGUAAACAAGUGACGCUCUUGGAGCACGAGAUUCGUUACUUGUGCACGAAAGCCAGGGAGAUUUUCAUCCAGCAACCCAUUUUAUUGGAGUUGGAGGCGCCCAUCAAGAUUUGUGGCGACAUCCAUGGCCAGUAUUAUGACCUAUUGCGCCUCUUUGAGUAUGGUGGUUUCCCGCCAGAGGCAAACUACUUGUUUCUUGGUGACUACGUCGACAGAGGGAAGCAGUCGUUGGAGACGAUCUGCCUCUUGUUGGCGUACAAGAUUAAGUACCCAGAAAACUUUUUCAUCUUGAGAGGCAACCACGAGUGCGCCUCCAUCAAUCGUAUCUAUGGUUUCUACGACGAGUGCAAGAGAAGGUACAACAUCAAGUUGUGGAAAACAUUCACCGACUGCUUCAACUGCUUGCCUAUUGCCGCCAUCAUUGAUGAGAAGAUCUUCACCAUGCAUGGAGGUUUGUCUCCCGACUUGAACUCGAUGGAGCAAAUUAGAAGAGUCAUGAGACCCACAGACAUCCCCGACGUCGGCUUGCUUUGCGACUUAUUGUGGUCCGAUCCCGACAAGGACAUUGCCGGCUGGUCCGAGAACGACCGUGGUGUUUCUUUCACGUUUGGUCCCGACGUUGUGUCUCGAUUCUUGCAAAAACAUGAUAUGGAUUUGAUAUGCAGAGCUCACCAGGUGGUGGAGGACGGCUAUGAGUUCUUCUCUAAGAGACAGUUGGUGACAUUGUUCUCCGCUCCAAACUACUGUGGUGAGUUUGACAAUGCCGGUGCCAUGAUGAGCGUGGACGAGUCCUUGCUCUGUUCUUUCCAGAUCUUAAAACCAGCUGACAAGAGACCAAGGUAUCCCCCUCCAAACAGCGUUGGCAAUAACCGCCCGGUGACUCCUCCAAGAAAGGCAAAGCGUGGCUCCAAGUAA